UCCUCACAUCAUUCUGCGAUUUUGGUUUUGCAGGGUUUGUGCUUGUAUGCAGACACAACACAAGAUCGAAAUGGACAAACGGGAUGGUAAAUUUGGCUCACAACCAAUGGCAGUGCCUCCAGUCCAGCAAAUGUCACGCAUUGAUCAGCCAUAUCCUCCCACUGCUGGAUAUCCUCCCACUGCUGGAUAUCCUCCACCUGCAUAUGGGCAAUCUUAUUAUCCGCCACCUCCACAGCCUCAAGGUUAUCCUCCUCAAGCUUCCGGGUAUCCUCCACCUGCUGGCUACCCCCCUGCUGGUUACCCUCAGAGGUGAUCUUUCUUGAGUUUGAUGUGAAAAUUGCUCUUUAGUGUGCACCGUUGGAUAGCCGUUGCUGGCGUUUCUUCUGUCUGAGAUUGUAAGUACAUGAUUAGACUUGUGAUAUGGUCGCUUAUUUGUGAAGUUCCUCUAUGCAGACUAAAAUUGUUUGAAGCAUAUGUGCAGUGUCUAUUUUCUCGAAGUUUUAAUGUGUAUUUGUGCAUUUUUAAACCUAAAAUUCGUGGUUUAAACGUACAGUAUUGAGUCGACAUUGGCGACAUGUACUCUUCAACAAGGCAAAAGCGUAAUGAAGUUUUUCAUUUUCUUCGUAUGUU